AUGCCGCUUGGUGGGCCCCGCUGCUUGUCCUGGUUCGGCAGCCCCAUCCUGCACACGUGUCGCUGUCUGGGUGAUGGGAGGGUUGUCAACCCGAUCGCUUCCUCCUCCGUGAAUCGUCGUCGAUGGAUGAGCGGCCGAAUCCCUCGCCGAUCUUCAGGAGAUGUGAUCCUGGCAGGGACCAAUGAGACAAACGAUGCCUCUAACUGGAUCAGUGUGACGGCUACUGAAGAACCGAGGGAUGAUGGAUCAGAAGAUCCUGAAGAAUCUCACCCCGAUAGUAACAGUGUAAGCGAAGGCUAUGACACUAGCCACACCACCAUGACACUAGACCUUGACUUAGCUGAGGAGUCAUCCGAGAGAAUGAAUUUGAAUUCACCCUCCACGCCUAGUUUGAAGAACAUUGACCCAAACGACCUCGAUUCUUUUGCCACGCUAAAUGUUGAGGAUGCCAAACAACUUGAAUCAGUCUACAGAGGGAUAGAGAGGCAGCUUCCUGAACCUGAGGACGAUGCUGGAAUCGAGGAUUUCUUCAUCUAUUCUAAUGAUGUCGCACCACAUGCCUUCAUAGUUUCAUCCCAAAGAUUACUAGAUGGACAAGUUAUUGUUCAGUCCUUGGAACUCGAUUGGGUGGUGGAUAUCUCUUCCAUGGCCGGAGGUGAGAUACACCGGGGUGAGAUCUACCGGCUCUGGCUCUGGUGGAGGCGUCGGUGGGGAGCGGAGAGACGACGCGCCACCGUCAUCUGGCUCCUCGCCGCCGCCUUCGUCGUACUCCUCCUCGCCGCUGGCUCCCGGGUCGGCGACAAUGCUCUCAGCGAACCGGCGGUGCAUCCGUCCUCGGCUCCAGCUCUCGUCGAGCUCACCCUAGUUCACGACGCCGAGGCGAAGGGUGCAUUAUGCUUGGAUGGGAGCCCGGCCGCGUACCAUCUCACAAAAGGUUUCGGCUCUGGGUCAGACAAAUGGAUCGUGCACUUGGAGGGUGGAGGUUGGUGCCUAUCUUUGGAUUCUUGCUCUUAUAGGAAAUCUACACUAUUAGGUUCAUCAAACUACAUGGAACGCCAGAUUUCCUUUGUUGGCAUUCUGAGUAGCAUCCCAUCACAAAAUCCUGGUAAAUACUGGGCUUUAAAAGAAUGGGUGAAUCUUAUGAAUAUAUGUGUAUUUAAUCAACACUAUUUUUUUAUCUUCAUGUUUGUAACUUCAUAUAUGCAGGAUAAUCCACUUUUUUAG